UCUUUCUCUGCCCUAUCAGUAAGUCUGAUUUUCAGAGGUUGGCUUUCUUAAUACUACUUAAUGUGUUGUAAGAAGAGUUAUUACAAAUGUUGCAGACAGUGUUAAGAUUCUCAUUUCUGUUGCCAGCAAACAUUCUGAGAUGAGACUGACUGAUAACACUUCAUGGUAUACUGACAGCACUGUUAGUAGUUCUCCUUACCAAAAAUGUAACAGUGGAAAACUGAAGAAUACUUUCCAGUUUAAAUAUUCUGACUUUUUACCCCCAAAACCUUUUUCUUUUAGGAAAACUGGAUUCAUAUGUGAUGGGAAAAACUAAUGUAAAAUCACCUGAACUUUAUUCAGUGCUGCAGAACUGGUCUCUUCCCUUUCAUCUGGUCACUAGUUAGUGGGCUCUUAGAUUAUCCUAACUUUUAGACUUAGGUAUUCGUUUUUCAAGUUGAAAUGUAUCUGCAGAGAUCAACUUUGUACACCGCUGGUUUCUCGCUUAUGGGAGCUAUAGGAUUUCUAAAAUGGAGUUAAAGGAAGAUAAAACACUUUGGCACACACAAAUGAAGAUCGAGAAUGAUUAAGGUUUUUGACAUGUUCUCUGUCUUCUGAUGUUUUAGAUGUAAUCUGUUUUUAUGUCUUCUAGCUCCAUGUAAGUUCAUACAUUGACAAGAGUUGUGCAUAUAGAAACUGCUUUGAUUUGUCAGUUCUUUUAAAUUAAUAUUUUGGGUUGUAGCUAAUGUCUAUAAAUCCACAGAUUAAUAAGCCAAAAGGAAAACUGACAGUAACCCAUCUAAAAUACCCUAAAAGAUGAAAAAGGUUAUGGGGCAUUUAACAGAUGCUGUACGAUAGAUACAAGUCUUGAGUAACUUGAAAUAUUGGUGCAUGCCCGUAUUUGGGCCUAAUUCUUACAUAAAACUUUUAGAUCUCUUAUGUAAAAUUUUCUGCAUUGAGAGUAGAAACCACUUAAGCAAGGGAUUGGGAAAAGUUUUCAGAAAUCAACCAGUUAAUCAGGAAAAAUGGGAAAGGAAGUAGAGGAAUGAACUAUUAAUAGAUUCCUGCUAUUGAAGUAGUUUCCUUACAUAAUCAUUAUAACAGGGAGAGUGGGAGCAUUUGGAAACAUAAUUCUAGGUAGUUCUUGUGAAAUAAUGUGUAGUUCAGAUUUUUGAGCUCAGGGACAUGUGGGAACCUGCCAGUUCAGGUGUAGGCAUUCAGCUAUAUAAUGGCAGAACCUGUGAUAUUAAGUGCAUGCUUUUUAUUUCUCAAGUAAGCUAAAGCUUAAAUGUCUUAAAACAAUUUUGGGGGGGAGGGGAAUAGAAAUCAUAGUUAAAUAGAUGGAUAACCUGAGAAUCUUUGUCCUUUGUAGUUAAUCGUCAAGAGUAAUUCAUCUGCUUUUUAACCAUUAUUCAUCGCCUUAGUGUUGGAAUAAUCCUUCAGGCUUAAUCCAUUGGUUAUAGACUGAAUUUCUUACUCAUAAUGGAUUUGAGUCUGUUAAAUUUUAAUACUGUCUUUGAGAAAAAUAGACUUCUCCUAAACUUGAGGAAUAAUGCAUAUACUGCCAUGUCAGAUUCCUACUUACCCAGUUACUACAGUCCCUCCAUUGGCUUCUCCUAUUCAUUGGGUGAAGCUGCUUGGUCUACUGGGGGUGAUACAGCCAUGCCCUAUCUAACUUCUUAUGGACAGCUGAGCAACGGAGAGCCUCACUUCCUACCAGAUGCAAUGUUUGGACAACCAGGAGCCCUAGGUAGCACUCCAUUUCUUGGUCAACAUGGUUUUAAUUUCUUUCCCAGUGGGAUUGACUUCUCAGCUUGGGGAAAUAACAGUUCUCAGGGACAGUCUACUCAAAGCUCUGGAUAUAGUAGCAAUUAUGCUUAUGCACCUAGCUCCUUAGGUGGAGCCAUGAUUGAUGGACAGUCAGCUUUUGCCAGUGAGACCCUCAAUAAGGCUCCUGGCAUGAAUACUAUAGACCAAGGGAUGGCAGCGCUGAAGUUGGGUAGCACAGAAGUUGCAAGCAAUGUUCCAAAAGUUGUAGGCUCUGCAGUUGGUAGUGGGUCCAUUACUGGUAACAUCGUGGCUUCCAAUAGUUUGCCUCCAGCUACUAUUGCUCCUCCAAAACCAGCGUCUUGGGCUGAUAUUGCUAGCAAGCCUGCGAAACAGCAGCCUAAGUUGAAGACCAAGAAUGGCAUUGCAGGGUCAAGUCUUCCACCACCCCCAAUAAAGCAUAACAUGGAUAUUGGAACUUGGGAUAACAAGGGUCCUGUGGCAAAAGCCCCCUCACAGGCUUUGGUUCAGAAUUUAGGUCAACAGCCAACCCAGGGGUCUCCCCAGCCUGUAGGUCAGCAGGCUAACAAUAGCCCACCAGUGGCUCAGGCAUCAGUUGGGCAACAGACACAGCCAUUGCCCCCACCUCCACCUCAGCCUGCCCAGCUCUCAGUCCAGCAACAAGCAACUCAGCCAACCCGCUGGGUAGCACCUCGGAACCGUGGCAGUGGGUUCGGUCAUAAUGGGGUGGAUGGUAAUGGAGUAGGACCGUCUCAGGCCGGAUCUGGAUCUACUCCUUCAGAACCUCACCCAGUGUUGGAGAAGCUGCGGUCUAUUAAUAACUAUAACCCCAAGGAUUUUGACUGGAAUCUGAAACAUGGCCGGGUUUUCAUCAUUAAGAGCUACUCUGAGGACGAUAUCCACCGUUCCAUUAAGUAUAAUAUCUGGUGCAGCACAGAGCACGGUAACAAGAGACUGGAUGCUGCUUAUCGCUCCAUGAACGGGAAAGGCCCCGUUUACUUACUUUUCAGUGUCAACGGCAGUGGACACUUCUGUGGCGUUGCAGAAAUGAAAUCUGCUGUGGACUACAACACAUGUGCAGGUGUGUGGUCCCAGGACAAAUGGAAGGGUCGUUUUGACGUCAGGUGGAUUUUUGUGAAGGACGUUCCCAAUAGCCAACUGCGACACAUUCGCCUAGAGAACAACGAGAAUAAACCAGUGACCAACUCCAGGGACACUCAGGAAGUGCCUCUGGAAAAGGCUAAGCAGGUGUUGAAAAUCAUAGCCAGCUACAAGCACACCACUUCGAUUUUUGAUGACUUCUCACACUAUGAGAAACGCCAAGAGGAAGAAGAAAGUGUUAAAAAGGAACGUCAAGGUCGUGGCAAAUAAAAGGCAGUUCUCCACAGACUGCAGCAACGGUUGCAUCUGCAUAUCCUAAGAGGAAAAAAAUGACCUUCAAGAGAAUUAGGACUUUUUUCUUAAUCUCAUUGACUUCAGAGACGAUUGCAGACUUGCAGUUUAAGUAUUGGAAUUUCACAAAAGACAUAGGACUUAACUGGAAAAUGAAAAAAAAAAGAAAAAGAAAAAACUAAACAAAAAAUCCCUCUAGGUAGUUUAGGUGAAAAAUGUCCCUUUUAUUUUGGCUUUGGUUGUGAUUUCAGAGCAUAAUGCUUUGUUUUUUUGUCUUUUUACUAUGUUUUUCGGAUUUUAAAGUCCGUAAGUGCAUACAGUUUUCUCUAAUUUUUAAACCCUUUCCUCUCCCCAUUUUGACAUUUGCACUUGGAGAACACUUGAGUUUCGAAGAUUUUGGGCCUCCACCCCAGAAAGUGGGAAUUUGGUUUUUCCCCUUCCGAACUGGAAGAACAUUUUUAUGAAGAAUUUUUGUCUUGGAGAAUUUAACAGUGUUACCCAAGGUUGUGUCUUUAAGGGUGGUUCAUUUUCUCUGACCCUUUGUUACUCAAAGUAAACUACUAGGAGUCCUAAGAAAUUUUCUGUUCUUGUACAUUAUACUGAUUAAGUCAGGAUUAAUUUGAUUUCAAAGCUAAGAACAGUGGUAAAAAUUUGUUUACAGAAAUGCAUUUUGGAAGAGAAAAAUAUUGUAAAACGUGUAGUGAAUGUUUCUUCAGUUUCUUGUUCAGCCAAUGAGGAAAGGGCAUUGCCUUUCUUUUUACCAUUAAUCACUUCUCAAUAAACGUGAGAUCCUGUUGAGCAUCA